AACGGUCAAGCUGUGGCCCCACUGAUAAACUAGUUCGCCCGGAACCACACAUCUUAGUCAUUUUAGCGACAAAGGAAAAAUUAUAAACAAAUACAAUGGCCACCUUAACGGCCUCAUCAUCUGCGCCUUUGCGACAUGCAUGGGUCUCACCUUCCUGAUCCUGGCCUGCGCCGUGCCGACCCCCAAGAUAUUCUAUCCCUUCUUCGUCCUGCUGUUCUACGCACUGUCCGUGCUGCCCGUGUUCAUCGCCAAGAGGACGACUCCGGGCACCGAGACCAAUCCGAAGUCGGAGUUCGCCCUCUUCCUCACCGCGGGCAUGGUGCUGAGCGCCUUCGCCCUGCCCAUCGUCCUCGCCCACGCGUCGGUGAUCACCUGGACGGCGAGUAUCCUGACGAUAAUCAGCAACCUUAUCAACUACGGCACCAUCUUUGGCUACGCCAUGCGGGAUGCCGAGCCCUACGGCUCGAUGUUCUAGAGGGGAUCCGUGGUACAGAGGCACUUUACGCCCAGUAGCCGGCGCAGGAGGAUCACCUCCCGAGGUUACUUUUAUCCGUAAGCACGCAUGCUGUUCGCUUCUUCGCAGUCAUCAGCCAAUCUCAUAUAAUCAAGUGUAUCCAGAUAACAUAAACGCAAACGAAAUAAACAGACGUAGUAAAAUAUUA